AUGAUGAAUUGUAUUGUGAAUGCUCGAACAAAUCGUUAUUUACCAAAACAAAUUUCUUCAUCGACUGAAAAUUAUGAAACCGAACAUUUUCAUUAUGAUCAUUUAACAAAUUCAAUUGAUUGUAAACUUUUAAUAAAAAAUCCUUUUCAAUCGUACUUUCAACAAGUUUAUCCAACGAUAAUUAAUGAACAUGAAUUAACAAAUGAUAUGUUAGAUGUUAUUAAAUCGUAUACAGAUAGUCUUUCUAAUGAAUGUUAUAUGAAAACAAAUUUAAAUUUACUUAGUGCAAAUGUUAAUGAUAUUGAUUGGAUAUAUGUUAAUAAACUUCGUUCAUUAAUUCGUGGAUUAAAUCAAUCUAAUAUUAAACAUGUUUAUUAUCGUGGUUUAACUUUAAGUGAAAAAGAAAUUGAAUAUUAUAUGCAACGAAAAAAUGAUUAUUAUUAUACAAAUUCAUUUUUAUCAUUUACAAUUGAUCGUUUAUUAAUAUAUGGAGGUAAUGCAAUAAUUAUAUUAAAAACAGAUAAUUCAAGUGAAUUAGCAAAGAAAAAUCUCGCUAAUAUAUGGAAAUGGAGUACAUUAAGUGAAGAAAAAGAAGCUCUUUUAGUUGUUGGAACAAAAUUAAAAAUUUUGAGUGUACAUUACUUUGGUUAUAAAUGGGAAAUUGAAGUUGAACUAGCUGAUGAUAAUGAAUAA